UUCUUUCCCCGAGUCUCUAUGGUAGCGUCAGCGUCGGAGGCGGCAGUGACGGUGGCGUUUCCUUGAGGAAGAGUGAGGGUUCCAACUUUUCUGCUUAUCUGGGAGGUGUUGGGCGCGGACAGUCGAGAUGUCAGAGAAAAAGCAGCCGGUAGACUUAGGUCUGUUAGAGGAAGACGACGAGUUUGAAGAGUUCCCUGCCGAAGCUGUGAGAAAAAGCCCUGAGCUGUCUCCCUAAAUGGCUGUGUCUCCUGCAGUGGCUUGGUACCAUCAAGUCAGAUGAAGGACACACUGGGUGAGGUGCCCAUCUACUGCCUGGAGAACAUGCCCAGGAGGCUGGAACCUGUUCCCUUUCAGAGAUGAAAUCCUGUCUUCUCAUCAACUCACAAGACAAAGAGGACUUUUCUGACAUCUAGCUGAAGGAGAAGGAUUGUUUCAAGUCUUGUGCAGCGGAAUUUCCCAUAGUUUGUUCUGUUGAUCCUUAGUUUUUCAAGAUGCCCAUAGGAAAAAAUAUUUUUGUGGUCAAGUCAGUUAUGGAAACCUCUGCCUUUGAGCUAUUUAUAGAUUCUUAAGGCAUAUUAGCAUGAACAUGUUCUGAGACUUCCUGUGUUGAAAAGAAACUCUGUUUAACUUUGUUUAGCUUAGUGAUUUCCAAAUUUGUUUGACCACAGAACCCUUUUUUGGGAAACAUUACUAAUAUUUCAUGGAACUAGUGGGCUACAGAAAACACAUGGGAUAUACUGAUGGACGGUGUUAGGAUGAUGGAUCAGAUGGAGAGUGGGAAGAACAAUGGAUUUAAAGUCACAGACCUAUGUUCAAGUCUAAUCGGCUAUUUACCAAAAAUGCAACAUUUUUUUAGGGAGAUCUCUAAACCUCUCUCACUCUUGGUUUCCUCAUCUAAAAAUGGGAAAUAAUAAUAUUUAUUACACAGGGUGUUUGUGGGGACGAAAGGACACAAUGUGGAAGAACAUGGGAGCAGGGCUUGGUUCAACUUCAAUUAAAUCAGACUCUUCUUGACAAGUAAACACUGGGACCAGAUGACAAUGGGAUACUGGCACAGAAGUGAUCUGCAGAAGUCUUGUUGCUGUCUACAUACACAUAUGUGUUCCAUGACUUCAUAUAUUGUUGGAAGUAGCAGCUUAUUGAUGGCUUGGGGUAUAGUUGAAAAGGAUAGGGGCCCUUCUAUAGCACCAAGUUGGCUGUCUUCAGUGUUGGUCAAGAUUAGCUGUCUUAAAGUCCAAAGGAUGGGACCGGCUAGAUAUUUUGUUGUACCUCAGAAAAAUUAUCUUAAUUUCCUAGAUAUUUUGUUGUACCUGAGAAAAAUUACCUUAAUUUUCUACCCUCUCCAAAUUUUUUCACCACAGAAUCUUUUUUUGGGGGAAAAAUUAUCAAUAUUUUAUGGAACUAGUGGGCUAUAGAAAACACACAGGAUGUACUGAUAAAACACAGUAGUAAAACACAUUGGUUUAUGAAUGAUCUCUGUAUUAAACCAUCUGUACAUAUUGGUUUAAUAAAAGUUCAUUGCUAGAUCUA